AAAUGUAUCUGACAGCAUGGCAAGGCUGCAAGCGCCAAUAUUGGACCAACCGUGUAGGACACCGAGGAAAUGAGACUAUGGGACAUGCCCACACGUGUAUUUAAGGCAGAAGAAAGCAGAGCAGUGCACAAAACCUGCAGCAGCACAAUGGAGACACAGCAGAAGACAGGAUCAUUUUCCUUCAACAACUAUAAAAUAUUUAGAAACGGUGGAGAUGGAUUUAACCAGUGGGUUAUUCUGUGUCUGGGACUCUUGAACACAGUUCUGUUUAUAUCCGCUGUUGUACUUGGGAUUAACUGUGCCAAAGUCAAAGAGGACUCCUUGCACAUUUCCAACCCAGCUGUAACACAGCUCUUCAAUGAGCUUGACUAUCUCCGAGGCAACCACAGCGAUGUGAUUGAAGCUGAAGAGGAGGCCAAGAAGGCGUUAGAGAGCGCGAUCAACAACCACAAACAAGUAAAGGUGAAAAUUGAGGAGCUGAAGACCGUCAAUGAUGGUUAUCAGAAACAGAUGCAAGCACUGCAAAUGGAGAAGGAAAACCUGAAGUCCAACAUAUCAGCUUUAGAGGGAUCUUGUGGCGGAUGCCUCCCUGGUUGGGCUCUUUUCAACUCGUCCUGCUAUUUCUUCUCCUACAUCGAGUCCUCUACUGUCAAAAAGAACUGGCAUCAGAGCAGAGAGGAUUGUGGUAGUCGUGGCUCUGACCUGGUUGUGAUCGAUGACCAGGAAGAGCAGAAAUUUAUCAGUAGCAACAUCCAAAAUAUGAAAACCAGUGGUCAGUGGUGGGAGAACGGAUUCUGGAUCGGUAUCACUGACAUAGAGACUGAGAACAGAUGGGUUUGGAUUAAUAAUGUCACAGAGGUCGAGCAACGGUACUGGAUGGAUGGCGAACCCAAUAACCACGGAAAAGAGGAUUGCGGGGUUGCAGUUUCCUCCAUCUUUAAUCCCUGGAAGACUCGUUUUGAUGGACAUUGCAACAGGCAUAAUUUACACUGGAUAUGUGAAACGCCAUUAACCUCCUAGGACCUGGCGUCCACAUAUGUGGACAUCACAUUUUGGGUUGUGUAGACCAAAAUACUAAAUUUU